CCCACCGCCCCCGCCGAUGCGCCGGGCCGCCGCCGGGCCCUGCGCGCCCGUUGGCUGAAGAACGAAGCGACACCUGCGUCAGACCGGCGGCGCUGACGUCACGGGUCUGAGAGGCUGUGAUGAAGAACCAGGGAGUGGAGACCAAAGCAGCUCCACGUCCUUCCAGAACGAGCAGCGGGAUGGGGCUGGAGGAGGGAGACUCACCUGAGGCUGCAGCUCCCCCAGAAGCUCCCCUGACACAGGAGGAUCCCAAACCCUCCCGCCCCUCCGUGCGCGACGUCUCCGAGGAGCUGAGCCGGCAGCUGGAGGACAUCCUCAACACCUACUGUGUGGAUGCCAGCCAGGAGAACCAGGGGGAGGAAGGAGGGCAGGGAGAGCCCCCAGAGCCUGAGGAAGCCGAGAAAGGGCUCAGUGAAUCCCCCAGGAACGGGGAGCAGGAGCCAGGAGGCCCCGAGAUGAACGGGGAGAAGGAGAGCGCCAAGGGCAGCGAGGAGUUCCGGCCUGGAGAGGAGGCUGGAGACAGGGAUCAGAAGAAAGCUCAGGAGAAGAAGAAAGCCAAGGGUUUAGGCAAGGAAAUCACUUUACUGAUGCAGACCCUGAACACCCUGAGCACAUCAGAGGAGAAGCUGGCAGCUCUGUGCAAGAAAUACGCUGAGCUGCUGGAGGAGCACCGGAACUCUCAGAAGCAGAUGAGGAUCCUGCAGAAGAAGCAGAGCCAGCUGGUGCAGGAGAAGGAUCACCUGCAGAGCGAGCACAGCAAGGCCAUCCUGGCGCGCAGCAAACUGGAGAGUCUGUGCCGGGAGCUGCAGAGGCACAACCGCACCCUCAAGGAGGAGGGUGUCCAGCGUGCCAGGGAGGAGGAGGAGAAGAGGAAGGAGGUGACCUCCCACUUCCAGGUGACCCUGAACGACAUCCAGCUGCAGAUGGAGCAGCACAACGAGAGGAACUCCAAACUGCGCCAGGAGAACAUGGAGCUGGCAGAGAGGCUCAAGAAGCUGAUCGAGCAGUACGAGCUCAGGGAGGAGCACAUUGACAAGGUGUUCAAGCACAAGGAGCUGCAGCAGCAGCUGGUGGAUGCCAAACUGCAGCAGGCCCAGGAGAUGCUGAAGGAGGCAGAGGAGAGGCACCAGCGGGAGAAGGACUUUCUGUUGAAGGAAGCUGUGGAGUCCCAGAGGAUGUGUGAGCUGAUGAAGCAGCAGGAGACCCACCUGAAGCAGCAGCUGGCUCUGUACACAGAGAAGUUUGAGGAAUUCCAGAACACCCUUUCCAAAAGCAGUGAAGUGUUCACAACGUUUAAACAGGAGAUGGAGAAGAUGACCAAGAAAAUCAAGAAGCUGGAGAAGGAGACCACCAUGUACCGUUCCCGCUGGGAGAGCAGCAACAAGGCCCUCCUGGAGAUGGCAGAAGAGAAAACCCUGCGGGACAAGGAGCUGGAGGGGCUGCAGGUGAAGAUCCAGCGCCUGGAGAAGCUUUGCCGAGCGCUGCAGACGGAGCGCAACGACCUCAACAAGAAAGUGCAGGACCUGUGUGCCCACACGGACCUGCUGGAGCCUCUGAAGGAGCCACCCCGGGACAGCUCCGAGGCAGCUCCGGAUUCUCUGAGCUCGGGAAAGGCCCCGCAGAGCCCGGAUCCCGCGGGAAUCGCGGCAGAACUGAGCACGGCAGGGGCGGGGCAGAGCGGGACUGAGUGAGCCCUGGGCGGGGCACGGAGCUGGGCUGGGCUGGGAGCUGCUCCAGAUUCCACUCUGCCUGUCCUGGGACAGGUGGGAAAGGACAGGACACAGCCCUCGUGGGGAUGUGAGAUUUCCUAGUUUAGGAUUUUUGGAGGGGUUUUUUUUUAAGAUUUUAUAUAUAUAUAUAUAUGAGAUAUAUAAAAACGUGCAGGGCAACACUUUAUGGAUAUCCAUGAGAAGCAGAAGGGCCCAGCCAGCUCCCUGCCUGUGUGAAUAUUGAAAAUACAGAGCUCAGCUGCUCAUCCCUCUGACUAAAGGACCUUGGCACUGGCAGAGUCCCAGGGCACAGGGACAAGGGACGCUCCUCCACCGUCACAACGACUCCACCCCGGACUGAAAGCAGAGCUGGGAGAAUUCCAGAACAUUCCCAGCGCUGCCUGUGUGUGAGCUGAGGGCACAAGAGGCUGCUCCCCUCCUCUCCGUGGGACAAGGAGAAGCAGCAAAGGGGGUGCCUGGUCCCACCCCCGGGAUUUUUUUUGCUCUUCCCAGGCCCUGCCAAUGUCUCAAAACCGCCUUACGAUUCACAGUUGCCUCUUUGCUGAACGCACACGUGCACAAAGUGUAUUAAACAGUUAAUCCAAAGGUCUCAUUCCCAAGUGUUUUUGCAUCGUUGUGCACAGGGAUUGGGGAGGUGCCCCCGAGCCCCUCUGCCCCAGCCCCGGAGGCACCCACGGAGCUGGGACUGGAGGAGGAUCAAACCUCCGAGCUGCGGAUCGGCUCCCGGACUGCUCCUUCCUGUGCUGCCCCAGCCCCACUUCUGCUUUCCCUCUCUGCUUGGAAGAAAUCUCCGCAGUGCUGCCUCACCCGGCGGGGCCUGGAUGUGCUGGGAGGGAGUUUAGGGACGGACGUGGGAGCUGCUGGCGCCGGGUUUUGGGAUUUUCUUCGGUGUCUCAAGACUUUGUCAUUUCGCUGUUGUUUUGGAAAGACUCGACUCGCUUCGAACCUCGCUGCAGCUUCUGUUUAUGACAGACUUUUAUUCCUGGCAUUGCCUUCCUUGUGCUGGGAGCUGGAGCCAGCUGGAGCCGUUCCCCAGGUGGAUGUGUCCAGGUUGGGAUUCUCUCCUGGCCCCACAGCUGCUCUCACACCUUCCCUCCAGCACGGCCCUGCCUCUUCCAGCUGCUCCCUUUUCCUCGGGGGAAUCCAGGUCUGAGGAAGGCAGGGACAGGCUCCGAGGCUCCGCAGAGCCGUGGCUGGACAUCCCCUGGGCCAAUCCCCGGAGCUGCGGUGGCUUUGUCUUCCAGCCCCUCGCGGUUCCUCGGGGAUGCUCCGUGAAUGUAGCCCCGGCCGGGCUGGGCGGGAUCUGGACUUCAGGAAAAGGAAAAACCCCUUAGCAAUCCACCAAACCCUUUUUUUUCCUCUUUUCCCUGUUACGGUACAGAAACCCCCGCGGGGGCUGUCGUGUGUAUCCUGUAUCCAAUAGAAACGCUCCCAACCCCG